AUGCCAGCAAUUCUCGUGGCCUCGAAAAUGAAGUCAGGACUGCCUAAGCCGGUCCACACUGCUGCCCCUAUCCCGAAUGUCAGCGCCAGGACUCUGCAGCAGCCUUGCUACCUGAAGCUGGGUAACAAGGUGGAAGCGACCAAGCCGGUGUACUCGAGCCUGAUCCCCCUCAAAUCUUCGCAUGGCUUGGACAAUGAAGGGGAGAAGCUGCUACUUGGCAAGACGAACGCGGCAGAACAUAGCUUUGACACUCAGAUUUAUACCGACUGGGCCAAUCAUUACCUGGUGAAGUCUGGCCACAAGCGGCUUAUCAGGGACCUGCAACAGGAUGUGAGGGAUGGUGUGCUCCUGGCUGAGAUCAUCCAGGUUGUAGCACAUGAAAAGAUUGAAGACAUCAAUGGCUGUCCGAAGAAUCAAUCUCAGAUGAUUGAAAAUAUUGAUGUGUGCCUGAGUUUCUUGGCUGCCAAAGGUGUGAAUAUACAGGGUCUUUCUGCAGAAGAAAUCCGAAAUGGGAAUUUGAAAGCCAUCUUGGGUCUCUUCUUCAGUCUUUCACGAUAUAAGCAGCAGCAGCAACAGCAGCAACAGCAGACGCAAAAACAACAACAGCCAUCUUCACUUGUAUGUCCACAGCAGGUGCCCCAGCAUCAUCACCCUCAGCAUCAAUAUCAAGCUGGCACCCAGCAACAGCAGCAUACCACACCCUGCAGCCAGCCUCACCAACAAGUACAACAACAGUGCCAACAGAAAGGCCAGCUGGAAAUGCAGUCAAGUGUGUCAUCCAGGUUAUCCUCCCAAAGCAAAAGCACAAGAUAUGCGCCCAAUCAAAGAAAGACCUCUAGGCUUCCAGCCCCCACUACAAGAUUGUCAGCUGCUGGCAGCGACAACAAGACUCGUGUAUGCACCAGUGCAAGCAACAGACGCAGUCAGAGCUUCAAUAACUUUGAUAAAUCCAAAUCUGCUCACAACCCAGCGGCAAGUAAUGAGAAAGUUGCAGAGCCAGCAGACAACGCAGUCUCACAGCCCGGAAUGAAUGAGAAUGUCCAAUCUUCAGCAAGCAGCAGCACGGCCGGUGUCAGUGGGAGCUUGUCUGCCAUUCCCCAGCCAAACUCAGCCAAGACCUGGCGCAGCAAAUCCCUCAAUGCCAAGCACACUGCCACGUCUUCCAUGUUAUCUGUGAAGUCGCCCCCACAGGAACCCCCGAAGCCAGCGGUAGAACCCACUCCCAAGUCUGGUGCCAAUGGCCAGAAAUCCAUGCUGGAGAAAUUGAAGCUGUUCAACACUAAAGGUGGCUCCAAGGCUGCUGGGACCACCCUGGAAUACUCAGGGUCUCGCGAUGGCAGCUGUGAGAGGGUGGAGGCCCCUUCCAAUUGUGCGGACCUCGGCGAAUCAGAGCCCUCUGCCAGAUGUGUGAGCAAUGCCGCACCUGCCUCAAACAGCCCAAAGAUUGCACUAAAAGGCAUUGCACAAAGAACCAUCAGCCGAGCCCUGAGCAAUAAGAAAAACUCCCCGAAAGGCAGCGACAAGGAGAAAGAGAAGCAGAAGGAGAAAGAGAGAGACAGAACGAAAGAAGCUUCCAAAAGGACAUCAGGCCCCGAUAAAGCUGAAUUGGAAAAGGAGCUGAAAGAGGGGCCGCAGGUCACUGCUCCCGAAAUGCCAAAAAAAUCCUCCAAACUUUCCAGCUUUAUCCCGAAAGGAGGGAAAUCGAACGGUGCCAAAAAGGAUCCCCCUGCGCCUCAGCAAAGUGGAAUACCAAAACCAGGGCUAAAAACCUCGACAGGGAAAUCUACAAGUGCCCAAGCUUCUGUGAAAGAGACUGAGCGACCCCGCAGUGCGAGACUCAGUGCUGGAAUCUCACUGCAGAAAUCACAGUUGGACAGUAAGAAUUCCAGUUCCAGUAGUUUGGCCUCCUCAGAGGGGAAAGGGGCUGGAGGAACACCCCCGACAAGCAGUAACAAUGUUCCGGCUGCCACUACAGUCAGCACAACACAAACUACAGGAAGCAACACAGUCAGUGUACAGCUACCUCACCCACAACACCAGUACAACCACCCCAACACUGCCACUGUUGCUCCAUUCAUGUACAGGUCACAGACUGACAACGAAGGAAAUGUAAUGACUGAAUCUGGCUCAGGGGGAGUGAAUAUGGAUACUGUUCUGUACAGCAAAAAUGGACAAACGACGUGCAUCGAGGAUUUGCCCGGGGAGGACCCGGAGACUCGAAGGCUACGCACCGUGAAGAACAUUGCUGACCUCCGACAGAACCUGGAGGAGACUAUGUCGAGUUUACGGGGGACUCAGAUCACACACAGCACACUGGAAACGACAUUUGACAGCAGUGUUACCACGGAGAUCAGUGGCCGCAGUAUACUCAGCAUGACAGGCAGGCAGGCCCCGUUGUCAUGGCGACUUGGACAGUCCAGCCCUCGCCUUCAGGCCGGAGACGCUCCAUCGAUGGGGAAUGGGUACCCUCCUCGGUCCAAUGCCAGCCGUUACAUCCAUCCGGAGUCCGGUCGUUAUGUGUACCCCACGCCUCUCCGCAGGCAGCUGGCAUCACGCAGCAGCAGUGUGGGCCACUCAGACCUUCCAGAGAAGAGUGGGGAUGACAUGGACAUGGAGGGCAUCAACAUGGACGUAGCUGGAUACAUGAGCGAUGGUGACGUCCUGGGCAAAAAUCUACGCACCGAUGACAUAGCGAGUGGAUACAUGACGGAUGGUGGGCUGGGGCUUUACACUCGUCGACUUAAUCGCUUGCCAGAUGGAAUGGCCGCUGUUCGAGAGAAUGUCCAACGCAACACAUCUGUGGGCAUGGGUGAUGCAGACAGCUGGGAUGACAGCAGUUCCGUCAGCAGUGGGAUUAGCGACACAAUAGACAACCUCAGCACCGACGACAUUAACACAAGUUCUUCCAUCAGCUCGUAUGCCAACACACCAGCCACCUCUCGCAAAAACCCCGAAUGCCAGCCUCAGACUGACGCUGAGAAGCAUUCGGAAAGGAACUCCACUUGGUCUGCUGAAGAAAUAAAGAGAUCAGAUGGUGGAUCGGAUAGCGGAAUAAAGAUGGAUUCCAGCUCAAAAUGGAGGCGGAACCCGUCGGAUGUUUCUGAUGAGUCAGAGAAAGGUGGCUCAAACAAGAAGACCACAGUCAUUUCCCAGACAGGAUCCUGGCGUCGAGGGAUGACAGCGCAGGUUGGCAUCACCACACCAAGGGCUAAAACACCUGCCAACACACUUAAAGCGCAUGGAGCAGCAAAAACCGAUGAUGCCAAGGUGUCGGAAAAGGGCAGGCUGUCUCCAAAGUCAACAAGUGUCCAUCGAUCUCCUUCCGAUGUGGGCCGUAGCAGCGGGGAUGAAGGGAAAAAGCCUCCAGUUAGUGCUUCACGCUCAACCACGGGAACAAACACCUUUGGCUUCAAGAAACAUGGUGGCUCCUCUGGACCCAUCACCAUGAUUACAGCUAGUGGCGCCACCAUCACCAGCGGUUCAGCAACUCUUGGAAAAAUCCCCAAGUCAUCAGGUCUUAUAGGUCGAUCAUCGGGGCGGAAAGCCAGCGUGGAUGGCUCCCAGAGCACGGAGGAGAAUUACCUGGUCCUCAAUGCACGCAGCAACUUGCAGUACCGCAGUCUGCCUCGUCCCAGUAAAUCAAACAACCGUGGGACUGGGAAUCGUUCAAGCACUAGCAGCAUAGACUCCAACCUCAGCAGUAAAUCAGCAGGUCUUCCUGUUUCUAAACUGAGAGAGCCAUCCAAGGUAGCCCCAGGCAACACAGUGCCUACACUACCUAACCAGACUGACAAAGAGAAGGGAGUGUCGUCUGACACAGAGAGCGUAACUUCAUCCAACUCCGUCAAGGUGAAUCCCUCACAACUCGGAACCAACAGCACUCAGACUACCCGGCAGCAAGCAUCCAAAUAUCCUGACAUAGCCUCCCCCACCUUACGCAGACUGUUCGGGGUCAAGCCAAGCACUAAGCAAGCUCCUGUCACAACAACUGAAAACAUGAAGAACUCCACAGUCAUUUCCAAUCCUCAUGCCACCAUGAACCAGCAGAACAGUUUGGACUCUCCUCCAUCCUGUUUAGGCAGUGGAGGCAGCAGCCCACUCUACAACAAGACAUCAGACAUGAUACAAUCGCCCCUGGCCUCCAGUCCAGCAUCAGUCCAUUCCACAAAUUCAAAUGGUGCACCAUGGGGCGUCAGUCAGAGCAGUUCCUCCACCAUAAGUAAAGAUGGUCCUGGCUAUCAGUCAGUCAACAGUCUACACACCAGCUGUGAAUCCAUUGACAUUUCUCUAAGCAGUGGGGGUGGUCUAAGUCAUCACAACUCGACUAGUGGCUUGGUCCCUUCUUCCAAAGAAGAUUGUCUUACUCCCUUUGUGAGGACUAACAGCAUUAAGACAGCUAUGUCUGAGAGUGACCCGCAGCUUGAUAGGAAUACAUUGCCUAAGAAGGGAUUCAGGUACACUCCAUCAUCUCAACUGCAAAGUAAUGAGGAGACAAAAGAGUGGCUGCGUUCGCACUCUGCUGUAGGACUACAGGAGAAUAUCAACAAUUCGCCAUUUUCGCCAGGAUCUAGUAUCACGUCGCCUUCCGCAACUAGGUUUAACUUUUCCCAACUAGCGAGUCCAACUACAGCCACCCAGAUGAGCCUGUCAAAUCCCAGCAUGCUACGCUGUCACAGUGUGUCCAACCAAGAUGGGCCAUAUGAUCCAUACAGCGAUUCCAGGUUCCGGAACAGUUCUAUGUCCCUGGAUGAAAAGCACAGGACUAUGAGUCGUUCCGGAUCAUUCCGCGAUGGAUUUGAGGAAGUUCAUGGCUCUUCCUUAUCUCUGGUUUCCAGCACCUCAUCUAUAUACUCAACGCCUGAAGAAAAAUCACAGUCAGAGUGUUCUGGCCUGCAGAUCCGCAAACUUCGGCGGGAGCUCGAUGUUUCCCAGGAGAAAGUGGCAGCACUUACGACGCAGCUUACUGCUAAUGCUCACCUGGUAGCAGCUUUUGAGCAAAGUCUUGCUAACAUGACAGGAAGAUUGCAAAGUUUAACCAUGACUGCUGAACAGAAGGAUUCUGAACUUAAUGAAUUGCGAAAAACCAUCGAACUGCUCAAGAAGCAGAAUGCUGCAGCCCAAGCUGCAAUCAAUGGCGUCAUCAACACACCAGAACUGUCCUGUAAAGCCGGAAAUGGUACAUCCCAGUCAGCAGAUCUGAGGAUUCGGAGGCAGCACUCAUCAGACAGUGUGUCCAGUGUGAACAGUGCCACCAGCCAUUCCAGCGUGGGCAGUAGUGCAGAGGUCGAUUCCAAGAAAAAGAAGAAGAAGAACUGGUUAAGAAGUUCCUUCAAGCAAGCAUUUGGCAAAAAGAAGUCUCCUAAAUCGGCCUCAUCUCAUUCAGAUAUUGAAGAAAUGAAUACACCUGAUUCUUCCUUACCUUCAUCCCCCAAGUUUGCUCAUAAUGGAUCUACUCCCACAACCCCACUGAUGAGAACAUCGCACUCUAACUCACUCAUCUCUGAAUGUAUCGAUGGUGAGGCUGAGACCAUUAUUCAGCUGCGCGGCGAGCUGAGAGAGAAAGAGAUGAAGUUGACAGACAUUCGACUUGAAGCACUGAGCUCUGCUCACCAACUUGAUCAACUCCGUGAGGCCAUGAAUAGGAUGCAGACUGAAAUUGAAAAGCUGAAGGCAGAGAAUGACCGGUUGAAGUCUGAAACCCAAGGCAGCUGCAGUCGCACCCAGUCCCAGCUUUCCAUCUCUUCGUCCCCUCGUCAGUCACUUGGCCUUUCCCAGCACAGCCUCAACCUGACCGAAUCCACCAGUCUUGAUAUGCUACUCGAAGACAAUGCAGACGGCUCAGCCCGCAAAGAAGGCAGACAUGUGAAGAUAGUAGUCCACUUGCAAGAGGAGAUGAGAUGGAAAGAGGAGUCUCGAAUUCGUCAGUAUAUCGUCGGCUGCAUUGGAGUUAGCGGGAAGACAAAAUGGGAUGUUUUGGAUGGUGUCGUGCGGCGUCUGUUCAAGGAAUACAUUAUCCAUGUGGAUCCAGUGAGCCAAUUAGGCCUAAACUCCGACAGCGUGCUGGGCUACAGCAUAGGAGACAUCCAACGCACUAAUAAUGUGGACACACCAGAACUGUUACCCUGCGGCUACUUAGUAGGAGAAAGCAACACAGUCACAAUGUCAUUGAAAGGCUUGUCGGAAAACAGUUUAGAUUCCCUUGUGUUUGAGACACUGAUCCCGAAGCCGAUGCUGCAACGGUAUGUCUCACUGCUGACAGAUCACCGCCGGAUCAUUCUGUCAGGACCAAGCGGCACUGGGAAAACCUAUCUGGCCAAUCGGCUUGCUGAACACAUGGUGCUCAGGGAAGGGAGGGAACUGACAGAUGGGGUCAUUGCUACCUUUAAUGUGGACCACAAAUCAAGCAAGGAGCUGCGGCAAUAUCUUUCAAACCUUGCAGAUCAGUGCAACAGCGAGACCAAUGCAGUGGACAUGCCAAGUGUGAUCAUCCUGGACAAUUUGCACCACGUUAGCUCCCUGGGAGAGAUCUUCAAUGGCCUUUUGAACUGCAAGUACCAUAAAUGUCCUUAUAUCAUUGGCACAAUGAACCAGGCUACGUCUUCCACUCCUAACCUCCAACUUCAUCAUAACUUCAGAUGGGUUCUGUGCGCUAACCAUACUGAACCAGUCAAAGGUUUCCUGGGUCGCUAUCUUCGCCGGAGACUGAUAGAAACCGAGAUCAGCACCAGAACGAGAAACACGGAACUGAUCCGGAUCAUUGACUGGAUUCCCAAAGUCUGGCAUCACUUGAACAGAUUCCUGGAAGCUCACAGCUCGUCAGAUGUCACCAUUGGUCCUCGACUGUUCCUGUCCUGUCCAAUGGAUGUUGAUGGUUCACGGGUAUGGUUUACAGACUUGUGGAAUUAUUCCAUCAUCCCUUAUCUGCUGGAGGCAGUCAGGGAAGGGCUACAGCUGUACGGAAGACGAAUUCCUUGGGAGGAUCCAGCCAAGUGGGUGAUGGAAACGUAUCCAUGGGCAGCAACCCCCCAGCACCAUGAGUGGCCCCCACUCCUGCAACUGAGGCCUGAGGAUGUAGGCUUUGAUGGAUUUAUACUGACACGGGAAGGUGGUUCGAGUAAACAGCCUCAACAGAGCGACGCUGAGGGAGACCCCCUUAUGAAUAUGUUAAUGAGGCUGCAAGAAGCUGCAAAUUGCUCCAGUCCCCAUAGUUAUGACAGUGACUCCAAUAGCAACAGCCAUCAUGACGAUAUUCUCGAUUCAUCUCUCGAAUCAACCCUUUGAUCAAUUUGUUCUGUCAAAAUAACCCUGCCAUUUCUGUCCAACAUUUCUCCGAAUAUUGCCAUGCAACAUGAGGACGGAAACACUCGACUCAGAAAGAUAGACGGUCAGAUCAAUCACUAACCUUAUUGCUCACCUUGUUGGACAGAAACUUCAGUUAUAACAGGAGAAAUGGGUCUUCAAGUACGAGACACUUUAAUUCAAUGUUAAAUAUUGAAACCCUAGUGGGUGCAGGUAACCCAAGGGAGACUACAUUUUGGGCUUUUUCCCCCUCCCUGUUUUGUUUUAUGAACGCAAACUGCACUAUUUCUUCACCUAACUGCUGGAGGCAUCAGUGCUAAGCCAAUGAAGAAAUGUUGAGCACUGCAUACAGAAGUAGCAAAACCUGAUUUUACAAGGUAUGGAGCUAACGUCAUUGUGCCAUGUACUGUCCUGGUAAGACUGAAUCUAACGCUGCUCUCAACCAAACAGUCAGCAGACACUGGACAUCCCAAUCAACUCCCUUCAACAAAGGAGAGCGAGGAGUGGGGGUGGGUUGGGGGAGAGUGUUGUUGUGGGUGAACGCAAACCCUCUCAACUGCAUGUGGUUUUUGGUGCUAUGUUACCCACCCACUUGUUGCUAUUUUGCAGUCAGCUGGGUUAAAAGUAAACAAGCCAAGCCAUGAGUGUUUGGUCUCGAUUUCAUCCACAGUCUCCGCAGAAGAUUUUCAGGUUUCUUCACCAAUAGCCGACCGUCGAAAGGAAGCGCGGUGCUUCCCAAGGCUGUGACUUCGGAACACAUGGUUGAGCCAGAAAUCGAUAUUGAAGAUCCCUGUUUUCUCCUGCUCUCAUUUUCCUUGUUGAAAACACACGCGCAAACAUUUUGAUUGUUACUAAGGCUUGUCUCCUCACCAGGACUCAUAACACCUCCACUGGAAUUGCACUUUUUCUUUGCAAAAACACAAGAAGAAAAGCUGGAUUGAGCUGUACCUCAGCGAAGAAACGCAACCCUUCAGCCAAAUCCAUGCAAGCCUUUUUUACAACGUCUGGUGCUGGAAAUAAAUGAUGCCUUACUCUCGUUCUCUCUUGGUACUGAUUUUCCUGUUGCGUUUUCUUUUUGCCGAUGAUUUUGUAUUGUUUCUGAAGACAGGGCUGGAAUUUCAUCUCAAAAUAUUAAAAGAGCCAAGCUUUUGUUUUUAUAAAAUCGGUGUUGGUUCAAAUAACAAGCAAGUCAUUUGUUAGAAGCAAGGCAAAUAAGGAGGAAAGUCAAUGAUUUCUUGGUUCAUAACCAGUCUGCAACUUUAUAGUGUUUGUACCAUGACAGUAAAUUAUUCUAUGGUAGAACUCUGAACUGCAAAUUUGGACUUGGUGUAUGAAAGACGAUACUAUCGCUGCAAAAAAUAAUUCUUGAUGGACAUUACAAAGAUAAUGGUGUAUAAAUAUUGAAAUCAUCCAGUGACUGAGUAAUAGGUAAUAAUUGGAGUGCUUGUUGUGCCGUGCUGUUGUACCCUGCUUUUUAUGUGAUGUAUUAACACAAAAUCUGUUGUUCAUACACUUUGGCUGAUCAAUGUGUUCCCCUAUACCUCAAUGGGUUUCUUUAUGCUGCCAUAAUCCUAUUGUUACGGUACCUUGGUCACAAUCUCUCAGUUGUAACGUUGAAACUGUGAUGGAAAUGGUUCAGCUCAGAGUGGGUUGUUGGAGCGCAAGGCUGCAUUCGAUCAUGCUGCUCCUGAACUCAACCUUUUUCUUCAAAUUUUUUUAUUUAAACGCUUCCAGAAGUCUUUCUUUACUUCCCUUCACAUCAUGGUGUCCAGUUAUUGAUAGUGUUCUCUAAGUUUAAGAUGCUAUGCAAAGUUCAUGCUGAUUCUUAACGGAAGCCAAAAAAAGUUGUCUUUUUUUCAAAACUGCCAACAAUUGUACAGGCUGAAGGAGACUUGUAUAUGGCUUUGGCUUGACUUCGAGGUGAUGUUUUCUGUAAAUUUUGGGGAAUUCUGUUUAAUGAUGAAAUGCUGAUCAUGGUAAUGAUUAUUGUACCAAACCCAUGUUUGUUAUUUGUGAUAAUUUUUCACAUGGUUGUUCAAUAGAAAACUAUUUGUAGAAUUUAGUGACUUAAGUGGAACAGUUGUUUUGAAUGUGUUUAAUAUGAUGUACAUUUUUUCAUUGUAACAUAAAUUGUAAAUAAUUGAUUACAGUGAUGCAUUUUGAUGAAUUUUCUAGCCAUUUUUAAAACACUAGGAAAUGAGUAUUUUGUGUACUGUAUGCUGUGUCAUCCCAUUUGAAUCAAGUCUGGUUGCCCAUUGAAUUCAAUAUGGCCUGUGCAAGACUAUGCCUCACUUGGGGAACAAAUUUAGUAUUGUACCAGUCUUAAAUUAUUCCUGAUUCAAUAAAAUGAAUGCUUAUUUAUUCAA